AUGGCUACUUUUGCGCAAGUGUCCCUCCCUCCCCUCCUCCACUUUCAUUCCCCUUCCAUUAUCACUCUCCUUUUACCACUCUCCUUCUACCACUUCCUCAUCACAAAACUAACCCAUCCAAGUCAAAAAUCCUUCUCCGCAACCUCCUACGCUACAUUCCGACCCUCCUAUCCCCCAAAACUCUACACUCAAAUCCUAAAUUAUCAUCGAGGUCCUCGAACCACAUUACUCGAUCUAGGUUGUGGCCAUGGAGUAAUCAGUCGUACUCUUGGUUCCACAGGUAAUUUUGAGAAGAUAUGGGGUACAGAUCCUAGUAGUGUGAUGAUUGAAGAAGCUAAAACUCUCUCUAAUAAGAUUGAUACGAGUAAUUCCCAUAAUAAAGAGGCAAAUAUACAAUGGAGACAAGCUUUCGCGGAAGAUUUAUCAUUUGUAGAUGAUGAGUCGUUGGAUAUGGUGGUUGCGGGACAGGCGGCUCAUUGGUUUGAUUUUUCACGGGUAUGGGGGGAGAUUUAUAGGAAAUUGAGGAAGGGGGGGACGGUGGCUUUCUCGCGCUAUAAGGAUAAUUUACUGGUUGAUUUUCCGGCUCCGCAGAGGGUGUUGGAUAAGUAUUGUUAUGGGGAGGAUGAGGGGUUUAUGGGGAGAUUUUGGGAACAACCCGGGAGAUUAGGACUGAGGGGAGGAGAGGGGAAGGAUGGGAAGAAUGAGAAGGGUGAUGUUAUUGAUGAGAUGUUUGAGGAGAUGUUGGAGGUAGAGCCGGAAUUGAGAGGGAAGGAGGGACAGAAUUGGAGGGAUGUGGAGGUUGAGACGGAGUGGGGGACUGUGAUUUUAUUGGCUAGGAAGUUGUAG